GCUUGCCCAAUUAGACACUCGCGGGGGGCUCGGCGGCAGCCAAUGUCCGCCGGCUGCAAGGCUGCCGACAAUCAGGAUAAACACGCGAGCAUCAUCAUCAUCAUCGCCGCGCACUCGCAUCGUGAUUUUUGUCCCAUUGUCUGAGACGACACACGUACACGCGCGACUACUCGAGUCUAAGGGAAAAUGGGGAAGGAUCCAAAGAAGCCGCGGGGCAAAAUGUCCUCCUAUGCCUACUUUGUGCAAACGUGCCGAGAGGAGCACAAGAAGAAGCAUCCUGAAGCCAGUGUCAACUUCGCAGAGUUCUCCAAGAAAUGCUCAGAGCGAUGGAAGACAAUGUCCCCGAAGGAGAAAGGCAAAUUUGAAGACAUGGCCAAGCAGGACAAGGUGCGCUAUGAGGCCGAGAUGAAGAACUACAUCCCCCCCAAGGGACAAAAGAUGAAGCGCUUCAAGGACCCAAAUGCUCCCAAGAGACCCCCGUCGGCCUUCUUCCUAUUCUGCGCCGACUUCCGCCCGAAGGUGAAAGGCGAGCACCCGGGGCUGUCCAUCGGCGACACGGCCAAGAAGCUGGGGGAGAUGUGGAACGGCUCGUCCAUGGAGGACAAGCAGCCCUACGAGAAGAAGGCGGCCAAGCUGAAGGAGAAGUACGACAAGGAUAUCGUGGCCUAUCGCACCAAGGGCAAAGUGGAUUCCAGCUCAGCGGCUGCAGCGGCGGCGGCGGUGGCGGACGAUGACGAGGAGGAGGAUGAGGAAGAGGAGGGAGACGACGACGAAGACGAGGAGGAUGAUGAUGAGUAGGAGAGGGAGACGGGAGGGGAGGAAGAAAGUGGGGGAGGGACCUGAAUUUUGUCCAUGCCAGAUAACCAACCACAAUGUACUCAAGCCACCAUGUUGACGUCCAAAUGGAACAUGUGUAUAUUUAAUGUUUUUAAGAUGUACUGUACAGUGUUGAGGAAAAAAACAAACGCCACAUAUCUUCCCUUUUGGGGACUUUUCUUGUGCUUGUUUUUUCUUCCCCCGCCAGCAGGACAGUAUUAAGUCCGCUGCAGGUGUUCCCUCUCGCUCGGAAAUGAGAUUUCCCAGUUUUGAUUGUAAGGUCUUGUUUUUAUUUUGAAAAGUCUUCUUUUCCACGUGCCAUCCUCCCUGUCAUUUUUUAUUUUGUUGGAAUCCCACCAAAAUAUCAACAAAGUGCAGCUGUCGACAUUCAAGAAUGUCCUGUCGUAAAAUAAAUGUUUUUCUGUUGUU